UGACACUGAAGUAUACUGAUUUUAAGUCCUUUGGUUACUAACCAGGGAGUGGGAUAGCUAAGUCAAAUGGUGGUUCCAUUCCAAGUUGUCUGAGGAAUCUCCAUACUGCUUUCUAUGACAGUCACAACACUCACAGUUUGCAGUUUGCAGUUCCACCAGCAAUGCGUGAGUGUAACUUACGCCCAACAUCCUCGCCAACAUUUAUUGUUACUUGUAUUCUUAAUAUUUGCCAUUGUGACUGGAGUGAGAUAAAAUCUUAGUUUUGAAAAAAUGAAUUUUAUAACUAAUGAAUUUGGGGAGGCAACUAGCAGUCUCUGUUAUCAGGCAAACCACAGGACAAUGGGCAGCCAUUGAAAGAAAAUAGUGAGAUUCAUUAAUAUUGACGUGGUAUUAAUAUUAAUAUUCAUUAAUAUGGAAUUCAGUUAAAAAAGAACAAAUGAUCUUAAUAGAUACUUCUCAAAAGAAGACAUGUAAAUGGUCCAAACUGUGCUCAACAACAUGAUCCAUCAGAAAAAUGCAAAUAAAAAUUAUAACACAACCUCCUCUCAGAAUGGCUACAUCCAAAAACAAAGAAAAAAAGAAAGAAAGAAAGAAAGAAAUGCUGGCAAGUUUGUUGAGGAAAAUCGAACUCUUAUUCACUGUGAUGGAAAUGUAAAUUAGAAUAGCUACUAUAGAAAACAGUAUGGCAUUUCAUCCAAACACUAAAACUAGAUCUACCAUAUGAUUUAGUUGUCCCAUUCCGGGGUAUAUAUCCAAAGGAAAUGAAAUAGACAUACCAAAAAGUUAUGUGCAUACUCAUGAUUAUUGCAGCAACACGCAUAGUGGCUAACAUGUGGAAUUAGCCUAUUUGACAAUCAGUAGAAGAAAGGAUGGGAAAAUGUGCUACACAUACAAUGGAGUAUUGUUCAACCAUAAAUAAGAAUGGGAUCCUGUCAUUUGCAGUGAAAUGGAAGGAACUGGAGGAAGUCACAUGGAGCAAAACAAGCUCAGGUAUAGAAAGACAAGUAAUGCAUAUUCUCUUUCACAGGUGGAAAGUAAAAUACGUUAACAUGAAGGUAAAAUACUGAUUAGUAGAGGUUGGGAAUGGUGUGUGUGUGGGGGAAGGGGCUGAAUGGAGCUUGGAUAGUCAGGGCAUGCUGUUUGCAUUUGUGAUAGUAUCAUACUGAACUUCAUUAAUAUGUAUUAUUAAUACAGGUUAAUACAACUUUUAAAACCAGAGAUUAUUUCUAGGUAACAAAUUACUGCAUUGUUGGGAGCUGCCCUGGAUGCAGAUGCCUUUAAGUCCUAAUGCAUAGGUUCUGAACAAUUACUGCACUCAGUCUGGCAGGGUAGCACCAGGUCAAAGUAAUGUGGGUGUUACUCCAGUUUGGAUGACAGGGCGUGCCCCAGGAGUAGGCAUCAUCUGUCACCCCUGGGGGUUGAGUUAUACUCACCUGUUCCUUUGUAAUCCUACCCCUUUGCCCUUUUGAAGAUAGAAUGCAUGGACCCUCCCCUUGUGUGUCCCCCAUAUAAGAAUGAAAAAUUCCAGUAGCUCUCUCUCUUUCCACGGAUCCUUAAGGUCGAGAGCCAUCUUGGAUUUUGAAAAGGUACUUCUGUGUGUCUGUGUGCUUUCUUUUUCAGUUUUCUUAAGUUAUUGGAAUAGUCAGAUUUUGUGAACCCAGCAUUAGGUCGCCAGCUAGGAUAGAUGGUGAUACUGCAUCUCCCUGGUUUCAGAAGAAAGUUGUGGAAGUUGUAAUAGCCAAAAAGUAUCUGACUCUACCUACCUUUGGAAAAAAAAAUAUUUCCAUAAGUCCAGAUAGCCAUAACUGGAUCUGAGGCUAUGCAGCUAGGAAUUAUUGAUUAAAAAAAAACCAACAAAACAAAGCAAAACAAGAACAACCAAACCAAAUAAAAACAAAAACAACCCACAUUCUUGUCUUUAAAUAUGAGAGAAUUUUGCACUAAAAGUUUGACAUGCAGAUAAAUUUAAUAGAACUCUUCAAGUUUUUAAAUGGAGCUUGUAAAUUUGGAGAAUGAAGUUAGGUGUUGUACCAUGAUCCACACAACUGCUUUUCUUUUCACGUCUCUGCCCACGGUUUCCUUCCCAUCCACUAUUUGGGCUAUUUCGAACUUUUAUUUAAUCACUUAGUCCUCCAUUUGUUACACAGAUAAAUUUUCUGUGUUCUUUCGAACUGUUUUGGGACAUUCCUUAUAGUAAGGUAGGUGGGUUAGGGCGAUCUCCGGGAUCCCAGCUCAGAGUGAGGGGCAGAUGCUUGUUCUCUAGGGACACAGGUGCAUGGGAGGAAGGGAAGUAUUCAUGUGGUCAGAUGGGAGGAAGUGGAGCCAGAGAUAUGAUCCUUACGUGUGCUGUCCCUCCAGCUGAUUGACAAGAGCACACAGCAAGAGACACACACAGGAAUGUUUCUAUAAUGACAGGCUCUGCAGGUGCUGGGAGAAAGGUUUGCAAAGCAAGUUAGUGAGCAAGGGGUGCAGGUGGGGCUGGCCUAGUUCUCCUGCCUUUGCUCACAGUCUGGGAGGCUCAGAAGACUCCCCUGAGAAAUUGACCUCAGAGCCUGAGGUCAGAGUGGUUAUAACAGGAAGCUGGUGAGGGGAGCAGAGGGGACCAAGUUCCCCAAACUGAGUGAACUCUUUGUGCAGAGGCUUUUGGCAGGAAGAUGCUGUGCAUAGGAGAAAAACUGAAAGCGUAUCAUCAUGAAGUGAGACUGAGGUGCAAGAUGAUAUGUUCAAAGGUUGAGCAGGGGAGGGCCACGUGCUCUUGUGGGCCAUGCCAUUGAGUUUUGCUCUCCUACCUAAGACAGCUGUUUCCAGGCACUCGGCAAAACAUUAGGGUGGUGAUGAAGGUGGAAGGUGGAGAAAGAGAGCCAUUUAAGAGCUAUGUAAAGUGGAGCCUCGCUGGUAGUGGGUGGGUCAAAAGAUGGGGGAGAGGGGUGUCAGGAUGUGCUGAGGCUCUGACUGAUUAAAGAAGGGAUCACUGUCCAGGGGAUCAGGACUCCAAGCCACUGUGUCUGUCACAAUUUCUUGUUUUCAUUGUGAGAGGUGGGUAUUUGUCCCUCGGGGUUCACAGACACAUUUGAAUCUUAUGUCUUGUCUUUAGAACAGAGGCUCAUAUUAGGAGAGGGAGGGAGCAGGAAGGCAGGACAGGAAGCCAAGUAGGUGGAGAAGGACAGGCAGGAGGGGUGAGGGGCGGAGGGCAAUGCAGGGGUACUGGCAUGACCAGGAAUAUUGCUGUUUGGGUUUCAGAGCAUUGUGAUCAAGUGAUCUUUAUACUGCACUAUAAUUGGUUUCUUAUCUUUAUACUGCACUAUAAUUCAUUAAGUGUGUGAUAUCGUGUCUCUAAAAUGUACACCGAUUAAUUGAAAUUACUUCAUUGCUUAAAACUACUUAUGAUCAUGGGAGCUGGUGGAAAAAAGGGGCUGAUUGAUCUGUGCAAGCUUGCCAUAAAUGUUAUCUGGGAAACACAAUAAAGUGACAUGCAAAAAAAAAAAAAUGACAUGGGAUAUGUGUACUCGGAAGAAUCUUAUUCAACCUAAUGCAGUUCCCUCGAUCUACUCUCACAAGGAUGCGGGUCUGAGGAGGGGCCCCAAAAGAAAGUGACGCAGAUCCUGAGGUUCCUUGAUGUCAAGGCAAAAUAGAGUUGAAGGACGGGUUGAAGGGAGGCACAGAUUGACUUUAUUUAAUUUUAAUUUAAUUUUUUUUUUUUUAGUUUUCAGUGCACAUAACAUCUUUAUUUUAUUUUUAUGUGGUGCUGAGGAUCGAACCCAGCACUCCGCGCAUGCCAGGUGAGCGCGUUACCGCUUGAGCCACACCCCCAGCCCUUGAUUUUAUUUUGAGAAAGAAAGCAGUACACGCUCUGACAGGGUAGAGUAUAGGUGCUGGUGAAGAAUGUGCUAGCUACAUCUCAGCCAGGAGUAUUUACAUAUGAAACAUCUGUAGUACAGGGACAUGAUCUAAGAGGGUGGUUUCCUCCUGCUUUGUGACAGUAAGUGGAAGGAUUAACAAUUACCCAGUAGGCGUCAUUUUCUUUUCUGAUUUAUUUUUGAAGAAAAAUCGCUUUUUGCAAUCCCCCCCGGGGAGGGGGCGUUCAUUGUUCUGCAUGUGAACUUGAAUAUUACUACACUGGUGUAACAUUGAGGGUUUGAUGCAGAGUAUGACAUAUAGAUGACAUAAUCAACUCUCAGUGUAUGAGUUGUAAGAAUAUCUACUUGUUGAGCAAAGGCAUUUCUCAGAUCCGUUUUUUUCUUGUGGGUCCAGGUCAGGAAAGAAGUUAUUUAAGGAGCUGUGGGUGAGGACUAACAACUGCUGGGACAGUGCUGUUUCUAAUCAGAGUAUGUGAAAGAGACUUUGAAAUCUGCACUUUUAAUCCAGGGUGAAAGUGGACUUUAAAUCUGAACCUUAAAUCCAGGCCACUCUUGAUUUUUAUCCCCUGUCUCCUUUGUACCUAUCCUAUGUCUUUUAUCCUACCUCAGGACACUGAGAAAAUUGGUUUUAAUGUGGUAGUUUAUGGACAAUGUAAUAGAUUCAGUUGUAGAUUUUUUUUUAAAGACUUAAAAGUGUAAAACAAAUAAAAAUCACCCGGAGUCUCUCCACCUGGCGAUCCUCACCACUAAACCAAAUUCUUUCAUAUAUAUAUAUAUUGGCACUAUGGCAGUCGUAACACAGAUACACCUAAUGUCCUCUUUUAACAGUUAGAUAACAGUUGCAAAGUGUCGCAUGUGCUGUUUCCUAUUCCUUUUGCAUUGGGACAGAUCCUGAGAAAGUGAGUUGAUUGUGAAACCCAGUGAAGUGAGCCACAGCUUGGGGACUCCUUGCAGAUGGAACCGCUAGCGGCGAGGGGGACAGUCCAGCAGAAGAGUAAAACGCACCCCAGCAGGAGCUGGGCGACUGCCUGAGCUGCGCCUGGGACUUGCCUGGGGUCCCCUCCAAAAGCAGAGCACUGGAGGCUGCUGGGGGCGGGGCGUGCAGGGCAGCGCCACGGGAAGGGCGGAGCCCGCAAGGUCCCAGACUCUGCGGCAUGGGGUGCAUGUGGUUCCUGCUGUUGUGGGUGCUCCCGCAGGCGUGGGGAAGCUCUGAGGAUCCCACGGAGCUGCAGCUGUCUGGUGGCUGUGAGGUGCACCCUGGGAACGACUCAGAACACUUUCUCCAUGUAGCACACCAAGGAGAACAUAUCCUGAGUUUCCAGGGAACUGCUUGGGAGCCUGCCCCACAGGCCCCCCAGUGGGUAGAUUUGGUCAUCAAAGUGCUCAACCAGAACCAAGGGACAAAGGAAACAGUGCAGUGGCUCCUCAAUGACAUCUGCCCCCAAUUUGUGAAUGGCCUCCUAGAGACAGGGAAGUCAGAACUGGAGAAGCAAGUGAAGCCUGAGGCCUGGCUGUCCAGUGGCUCCAGUCCUGGACCUGGCCGUCUGCUGCUGGUGUGCCACGUGUCUGGUUUCUACCCAAAGCCCGUGUGGGUGAUGUGGAUUCGAGGGGAACAGGAGCAGCUGGGCACUCAGAGAGGUGACAUCCUGCCCAAUGGUGAUGGGACGUGGUAUCUCAGAGCAACCCUGGAUGUGGCAGCUGGGGAGGCGGCUGGCCUGGCCUGCAGGGUGAAGCACAGCAGCCUAGGAGGGCAGGACCUCGUCCUCUACUGGGGUGCACCUCCUAGAGCCCUGGGCUGGAUCCUCUUGGCUGUGACAGUGGCCCUGGCUCUUCUGACAGGUCUUGGAUUUUGGUUUAGGAAACGCUGGACACACUGUGAAGCUCCCUGCAGUGCUGUCCCUUUGAAGUGAGGACCCAGCUACCCAGGUGCCCAGUCUACACCUGGACACCACGUGGUGAUGACAUCACUUCAACUGUCCUUGUGAAACCUUUGUA